AUGCACCAGGAAGCAGAACCAUCCACCAGUCAGCCUUCCAUCAGUCAUCUAUCCACCAGCCAGCCAUCAAACAGCAAGCAAGAGGUUAGGUGGAUUAAGAGGGACAGUGAUGGAAACAUUAUUUACGGCAGGCCCAGAUCAUCCCGAAAACAAGGAGAGUCCUUCCUUCAAGAACUUAAAUGCUCACUGGGUGAGGACAUACAUGAGGAUGAAACACCACCUCAAGCCUCAACAGACUGGUCGACCCGAAAGAGCCUCAUAUCAGGGUGGUGGGAGAAAGAGAGACCCCAACUGGUCAACACCAUGGUGGCUCGACAACAUGCGGCAACUCGAAUCUGUCAACAUUGUGGAAACGGUCCAGCCGUUAUCCAUUGUUGUGACUGCCAACCACACCCAUUCCUCUGUGGCCAGUGUGAUGUCAGGGUCCACCAAGGUCAAGUGUUUCACAACAGGGAUUCGAUGACACUUGCAUUUUUUCAUCCGUUGUCUCCCACAACUUGUGUUGUGGAGAGGGUUCUAACCCAGUGUGAGCAUCUUGUACCUUUGGAGAUGCCAGAGACAAUAUGCGGUUGUCUACAAGGAUCGUCCAGUGUCAUCGCAGGACAGUCCAUAGUUGUGGUUACAAUGAAUGGGCGAUAUGAUCUCAGAUUGCCUCAGAUUAGAUGCAAGGCAUGUGAAGCCACUUGGAGUCCUGGAGUGGAUGACCUGAUCCAUAAUGACUACUGGCCUGCCACUUCUCACCAUUCAACUGUGUACGCAACAGAUGUCCUUUUUUCUUUUGAAGAGCUGAAGAUGGCAGCACCAGGGAUGUCUAGCCAAGUAUUUCUUAGAAUGCUGGAUCAACGCACUGUUCGCUUUGGCCGUGUAAGUAUUUGUGGUUGGAUGGAUGGUGGGGCUUGUCUGCCUUGGCCUGGGGUGGAUAGUGGGGCUUAG